GCUUCGUCAGUGACCAAGAUUUCAGCGUACGAAAGACUCGACACAUUGUCAACGCCAUCCCCCCUCCACCGCCUGCAGUCGUCUAAGCAGAAGCUCGAGUUCUUUCUCCUCGACGGUUUGCUUCACCAGACGCCCCCGUCCAACCCCACCCCCAACCAGCUGCCGCAUAAGACGGGCUCUGCAGCUCUUCCUCUCGCCGAGGGGGAGUCGAGAAGACCUCGUCAGAUCACUGAGGGAUCUGUCUGCUACCGCUUUCGACCACCCUAG